AUGCAUGAAAUGGUGAAACCUCUUCAAUGGCUAAUGGGAACCUGGAAAUCCAUCAGCGCCAAAGUCAUGUACCCCACAAUGAAAACGGUGGAUUUCGAAGAAAAAUUGUGCUUUUUAUCAGCCGGUCAGCCUCUCUUGAACUACAGUUCGACCACUUGGAAUCCCAAAGACAAAGCUCCGAUGCAUUUGGAAUACGGCUAUCUUCGAAUAGAUGAAGAAGGAUGUCUAGUAGCAUUGCUAACAGCUAUGAAUUUUGGGAUUUCUACCGUGGAAGAAGGCACCCUUCAAGAAAAAUCUUUAACAACUAAUAGCAAAAGCAUCGCACAUACAAAAUUUGCUAAAAUGCCAGUGGUCGCUCUUCAGAGAUGUUACUGCUUGAACGACAAGUGCCAGUUAAGUUACAUCCUCAAAAUGCAGACUGAGAGAACGCCGCUAUCUACACAUUUGGAAUGUCUCUACGAAAAAGAAGAAGAAAAGUCGUGA